CUCACAUGAGUAACAAGAGCAUAAUGGGCAACAGGUCUCAAACGGCAACAGGUACAAGUGAACCGAUUGAAAAUGUAUGUGCCCAGUGGGAUGCCAGUCACAAAGCUGACUUGCAUUUCGCUGACAAGCUCUAUCAGGGACGACGAGCUUCUCUUUCUCUAAAUAUUGUCGUCGUAGGAUGUGGGCUUGGCGGUCUCACUGCUGCGUACUGCCUCGCCCAGGCUGGCCAUAAGGUAACCAUCCUCGAGGCCGCUCCUACGAUUGGAGAUAUUGGUGCUGGUAUCCAGCUCAGCCCGAAUCUGACCCGCCUUCUUAUCCGCUGGGGUCUAGGCAAGCGCCUCAAGGAAGUUGCUGUCAAGCCCGAAGCAUUGACCUUCAGGCGCUGGUGUACCGGCGAGACCGUUGCAUGGACACAGUGGGGAGGCGCUAUAGAGGAGAAGUACGGGGCGCCUUACUAUCACAUCCAUCGUGCUGAUUUCCUUCGUAUGGUGUAUGAAUUGGCGGAGCCUAAUUGUACCAUUCGCACCAAUUGUCGGGUUCUUUCCAUGAACACGUCAAAACCUACCCUCACUCUCGAAUCUGGCGAAGUCGUACAUGCUGAUUUAGUCAUUGGUGCCGAUGGGGUGAAGAGUACUUUGCGGCAGUAUGUCGUGGGUGGGGUGGAUCAACCCAGACCCACAGGGGAUGCUGCGUACAGAGCUAUCAUCUCGACAGAAAAGCUUUUACGAAACCCGGACCUGCGGCCCUUGGUUGAGACCCCUGAAAUGGUCGGUUGGAUGGGUCCACGAUGUCAUAUUAUGGGGUAUAACAUCCGCGCUAAAAGAGAAUACAAUCUCGUGAUGGUACAUCCCGACAACAACGGCGACGAAUCAUGGACUGCCGAGGGCAGCACACAAAGGAUGAGGGCUGAGUUUGCUGGUUGGGAACCCCGCAUUCAGAAGCUCCUGGCUAUGAUUCCUUCUACGCUGAACUGGAAAUUAAUGGACCGCGAUCCUCUUGAAACCUGGAUACACAAGGAUGGAAAACUGGUUCUAUUGGGAGAUUCUUGUCACCCCAUGCUCCCAUAUCGUGCUCAAGGAUCUGCAAUGGCCGUCGAAGAUGCUGCUGUUUUGGGCAACCUUUUCUCUCAUCUUGCGCACCGCUCUCAGAUUGUUCCCCUGCUUCACGCCUACCAAUCCAUUCGCUAUGAUCGUGCAACCGCUACACAGGACGCAUCUCGUUUGAAUCAGCACUCAUUUCAUCUUCCCGAUGGUCCACAGCAGGAGGAACGAGACCAGCAAAUGCGUGCCGCGAUGGAAGACGCGCUUCGCAUAGCACGCGGUGAGAGGAGCACAUUUAAUUCGGCAGGUAACUCAAACCAGUGGGCCGACGAGGAAAAGAAUACAAUCCAGUUUGGCUACGACGCUGACGAAGAAGCAGAAAAAUGGUGGCGGAAACAUGGGCAUACCCUUAUGGGUCCUCGCUCCCGCAUGUAAACAGAGGUAGAACGGCGUUCUACUGAUGCCAUUCUUUAUAAGUACGACCAUAUGAUUCUCAGGGUAGUGGAGCUUUCAAAUCGUAUUAUCACUUAAAGAUGG